AUGGCAGUCUCAGCAGGCGCGGCUGCAGCUUGUCUCCCAGACUUCUCCGGCGUACCUGAGGAGCAGGAGCAGUGCGCUCGCCUUCGUCCGCGGUAUUUAAAGGAGCCCCGUCCUCCCCCUGCCUCCUCGGCUGGAGAACAGCGCCUGCAGGCUGUCCUCAGUCCCCAGCCCACGCCCACAGACCUGCGGGACUCGGACGCCACUGCAGUCCUCUGCAGGAUGCUUUUCCCCAGUAGCACGCAGGACUCUGCCCGGGUGCUGCCCGACGGCAGGGACCGUGACCGGGGCCUGCACUCACUCAGCCUGCCUGGGUGGGAUCGCCCCCGGAGCGGCCAGAGCACAGAGACGUCGCUGCAGAAGGGCACCCCCUCCAUGUUAGGCAUGCCCAGCAGCCCUCUGGGUAGCAUCCUGGGAAAACCCCUGGGCUUCCCCUUCAACGGGCCUGUCAGCACUCCCGACUUCCAGGAGAGGUUCUCCAACAUGGCCCGGCUCAGCUCGCGGCUGGAGUCCCACUCCUUGCUGGACUCCCGCUCAAGCAGCCCAGUGGAUUCAGAGACUAGUGGCUUCAGCUCAGGGUCUGACCACCUCUGCGACUUGCUGUCCUCCUUGAGGAUCUCCCCACCACUGCCGUUCCUCAUGUCCAGCAUGCAAAAGGAUGCCAUCAAGUUGGCCGUCAGCUCUCACUUGGACCAGGACAGUUCCCUUCUGGCCCCCUCCCCAAGCACCGGAUAUGCCAACGCCCCACCUAAGCGCUGGCCUGGCGCCUCCGUGUGGCCAGGCCCGGACACCCAGGAGGCAACAGAAGAUCCGUUCAGCAUUGAGAGAGAAGCUCGACUUCACAGACAGGCUGCGGCUGUGAACGAGGCCACCUUGACAUGGAAUGGACAGCUGCCUUCCAGGAGCAAUAAAAAUGCCCAGUACUCCUGCAAGGUGUUCCUGGGGGGAGUUCCUUGGGACGUCACCGAAGCUGGACUGAUAAACACAUUCAGCGCAUACGGGCCCCUGAGUGUCGAGUGGCCCGGUAAGGAUGGCAAGCACCCACGCUGCCCACCCAAAGGGUAUGUUUACCUGGUGUUUGAGUCGGAGAAGUCCGUGCGUGGGCUGCUGCAGGCCUGCACCCAGGACAUGCUCCACCCAGAGGACUACAGCGAGUACUACUUCAGGAUGUCCAGCCGCAGGAUGCGAUGCAAGGAUGUACAAGUGAUUCCCUGGGUGAUUUCAGACAGUAAUUAUGUGCGCUGCCCAUCACAACGCUUGGAUCCCAGUAAGACAGUGUUUGUGGGAGCUCUGCAUGGCAUGCUCAACGCUGAGGCACUGGCCAUGAUCAUGAACGCCCUUUUCGGAGGAGUGAUGUAUGCUGGGAUUGAUACGGACAAACACAAAUAUCCAAUAGGGUCUGGGCGUGUGACCUUCAACAACCAGCGUAGCUACUUGAAAGCGGUGAGCGCAGCCUUCGUGGAGAUCAAGACGCCCAAGUUUACCAAGAAGGUUCAGAUCGACCCGUACCUGGAGGAUUCUAUGUGUCACGUGUGCAAUCGGCAGCCUGGACCUUUCUUCUGUAGAGACCAGGCUUGCUUCAAGUACUACUGCCGCUCCUGCUGGCACUGGCAGCACUGCAUGGAGGCCCUGAGCAGCCACCGGCCCAUGAUGCGGCACCAGAAGAACCAGGACUCCAGCUAAGCAGCUGCCCAGUAGUCACAGCUCACUCAUGACCUCGCAAGCGCCCCCCUCCCCCGACACCCCCAAUGCUCCUCCCACAUACCCUACCCCCCCCCCCCCCUCAAAAAAAGGAAGCAGAACUAGAAAGCUGGUUGCAAUGGCGUGGAGCCUGGGGGGGGGGCAUGCCGUCGGAAGUUCAUGAUUGCACUUGCUGUUUGUCCCCGGAGGCACUAUGCAGAGUGAGGCGUCUGGAUGACUUACUGAACCCACCACUUAUGCAGAUCACAGACCCCUGGGCGUAAGCAGAAAGAGGAAGGUGAUUCAGGUCAGGGUUCAGAAGGUGUUCACAAAAAAAAAAAAACACCUUCCCCUUGAUUUUUUAAUGAUUUUUUUCUUUGUUUGUGUACUUUUUUGUUUCACAUUCCUUGCAUGUUGGUAAACGACUCUGCAGACCCAUUUGCCUUUUCACGGUGGCCUCCGGCCAUUCAGUGCCUUUGCAUUCUUUUUUCUUCCCCAGCUGGUUACCUGUUUUUCCUGGGUAGCAAACUGGAGUUUCUUACUUUGAGAGAAUGAGUUAUGCUUCAUUUAACCAGUUGCAUUUCAGACAUUGUGAUGCAGUUUUUAACUAAUUUUGUACACAAGCGGUUUUAAGUGGUGACGCUGAAAACUGGAGAGGUGGCUUUUAAAUGACCCCCCCACCCCUCAGCGUACUUGUCUGAAGCUGUUGGUGUAGGUUUUUAAUCAAGUCUUUUCUCCAGCACAAGAAGAAAAAAAGUGUUAAAGCAGUUAUUUGCUUACAUUAUUUGUCCAGUUAGUUAAUAUUAACAAUCUUUGUUGGCUGCCAGUUCACCUGAGUGACCAUCAAGUUUUAAAACCAGUUAAAAUUAUGCCUCUGAAAUGGGAAUGGACGUUGACCUUUGAGAUUGUACAGUUUUAAAUUGUUGCACUUUUAAUUUGCACUUCAAAAAGGGGUAAAAUAUGUUUUUAAAUCAUUUUUCCUUUUUGUAAAUGUGCAGAAGGGCAGGUAUUGUCAAGGGCUCAGCCCUGGUUAUGACGGUUUCUUUCCUGUUUAAUAUAGAGAACACUAACUUCGCUAGAGUGAACAAAGAUCCAGAGUAGGCCUUAUGCAGCUAACCUCCCUAACCCCACCCCAACCCCCCCCCACCCCCUCGCUGCUUGUUUUUGCAUCUAUGAAGCUGUGUGCCAAAGACCUGCUGUUUUUCUCCCCUCAGACUGUUUCCAUCGCUUGUGUCACUUGCCUCAGCUGCUUUUUAGAGUUUCCAAAGUCUCUACCUCAUUGUUGUCUACUGUCCUUGCUGCAUUUACCUACAAAUCUGGAGGAUGAUGUGAAUUGGCACAAUAAAAGUGUGUAAGCAUUGGUCUCGCCUUUGGUGGUUUCUAGCAGGAGCCCCGCAGUGAAAAUGUUUUGCACAGUAUAUGCAUUGUCACUUUCAUUAGCUAUGAAUGUUCACUGUUAUAGCACAGUGAGGUUCGCCAGCCUGCCGGAUUCAUGUAUGUGGCUAAUGCAGUACAAACCGGUGCCGGGGAAUUGUAAGUGUAUAUAAAUAAAAGACAGAAU